GAAUAUUCAUGAGAAAACAAUAUGGCGUCCAUGCUGGUGGUUGUGUACAUCCUCCAGCUAAUUUUACACCACAUAUCCCCAUCAGGAGGGUCAUCGCACUGGGUAGUCACCGAGGAUGGACGAAUUCAAGCUCAGUUGGACACAGUCUUUAAUAUGAAACGGCCCUAUGACUUAGUGGCAUUUAUGAGGCAGGAGGAGCGGUCAGGAAUGCUGGAGAAGCUGAAGGAUGAACUUCUUUCCAGAAAAGAUGAAAUUGAUAAAAAUGAAGACCGAGAUACUGGUUUGGAGCAAAGAUUUUACAAGACCGACCCUGACUGUUUAAUGGCGGUUAAGCCUCUGCCCGAGUUUGAUUUGUACAUUAGCACUGUGUUACCUCUAGAAAACAAGGGUAUUCGCCCUGAAGACCACAUUGAUAUGAAAAAAAAAUUGGAAUCCCCCUUGAAGCCCCCAAAUUGUGAACUUAUAGGAGAUCUGCCGUUCAGUAUGGAUGCCUUUGAACAUUUAGAGGGCAUGAAAGACCGAUUGAGUUUAACUGGCACCCCAGAGCUAGGACUCAAAAAUGCUAUAACAUACCAUGACUCUGUAGAUGAAUACGGUCAUCGUGUGCAGGAGGCCUUACAAGCAAAUACAACUUCAUGGGUGCUGUACAAUAUGGCUGCCUUCUUUUGGCGGAUCAAAGGGGACCCUUACCUCACAAUAGAAUGCCUUCGAAGAGCCCUACACUAUUCACCAAGGAUGCAUAAGGAUGUAGCAUUGAUAAGCUUGGCUAAUGUUCUUCACCGGGCCAGAUACUCUAAUGAAGCAGCCAUUGUAGUUCAUGCUGCAUUGGACGUAUCCAAAGAACUGAAUGUCAAUCACUUCACUCUGGGAAAUAUUUAUGCUGUAAUGGCAGAGUACAAUAAAUCAGUGAUCUGUUUUGAGAACACCCUGAAGAUUCAACCAGAUUUCAAAGCAGCUGCAGAGAGGAAGUAUGCAGUGUUGUGUCAUGCCAAGUUAGAGGCAGCACUAGAAGCACAACACAGGUCUCUCCAAAAAACUUUGAAUGAUUUAAAAGAUUACCAGAGGAAGCACGACUUUUGGCAGCAGCAAAACGAAAAGCUACUUGCAGAGCAGGUACCAGCCAACAUUAAAAUCAACCAACAUGUCGCUCACGAGAGUCUACGAAUGCAACAGGCUAAUGUGGAAAUAGGUGAGUUUUGUCAAAUGGUGGACAGAGAUGGUCGACAAGUGUUAAUGUGUACCUGGGGUAAAAAAUCCAUGGAAGAUGAAAUGGACUUUACCAUGUUUGGAGACUUUGAGCAUGGUGACCUCAUAGAUAUCAAUAAAAGAGAAGAAGAAGAUGUAGAUGAAUCGCCCAUCAUUGACUACUCAAAGCCAGUCAGAGCUCCUCUCUAUACAAAUGAAAAGAAACUGGAAGCUCCAAAAUACAACAACCCGGACAGUGAUUGGCCCGCCAAAGAUGAAUGCGAUACCUAUGUCCAAAAGGUCCCUGACCCCCGCAACCUCUCCACUAUAUAUCUCAGUCCAGAAAACAAGGGCUUCGAGGUGAAAGCAUUGCUGACAGAGGCUCAGAACUUGCAACAAGAGGAUGAGCACCCCUUGCCCUGGUACCCUCCAGUUUGUGUCCCCCUGAUGGAGGUCCCUGAGGGUCAAAAGAAAACCUAUGACCACAUCAAGUCUGUCACCUAUGAGGAGAGGACCAGGAUACCAUUAAAGUUGAAUGACCCAUCCAUGCUUCCUAUUUUACUUUCACAUGUUAAUGAUGGGAUUGCUAUAGAAGAGAUAGGACAAAGACUUUUAACGGCUUUAAAACAGAAAAUAGGUCCUGGUUGGGUGCUGUAUAACUUGGCUGGCCUGUACUGGAGGAUCAUCGGUAACAACUACCAGGGGGUCGAGUGUAUCCGGCGCUCACUGUACCUAGUCCCAGAGGAGUACAAGGACGUACCGCUAGUGAACCUGGCCAACAUUCUGUACCGCUGGGGGAGGUUUGAGGAUGCAGUGACGGUGAUGAGGGACGCCCUAGCGGUCAAUGAUUUGGAGCCGGAGUCUCAUUAUUUCUAUGCAAACCUCCUGUGGGCAACAAAGAACUACACAGGAGCUGUCAAACAUUAUGAAAAGUCCCUGGAUAUUUUACCCGAAAGUCAGGACACAUUCAACAAUCUCCGGGCCAUCAGAUGUUACCUUAAGUUUCAUCAUGCCGCCCAGAGUGCUGUUGCAGCCAAGCAGUCCAAGAACCAGGGCUGUCCGUCACGGAAUAAAGGGGGCGGGGCUACCGGUAACCAGGAGACAGAGAGCAGAGUCAUCUGUAAAAAUGAGAAUGGGGAGGAGAAGUGUGUGAUAGAGACCCGUAGUCGGACCAAGUCGGGUGAGUGUAAUGGCCACUGUACCCAGACCUGCACUGUCACCCCCAUCAAGUUUGACAGCUGCACAGGACAAGAUGGGCCUUUAGCAGGGGGCUGCUCUCAGAAAGGACCAAGCCAGCCAUUUCCGAACAGUGGAGAAGAGCCACAAUUAGGGGGAGAGUUUCCUUUGCGGCUAGAUGAAGUCAGUGAACAUUAUUUAUCAAAGUCUCUCUGUGAAGGGGAGGAGUGUAAUCAUCUCAAAGUACAGCAUGGAGGACAAAGGUAUCACAUUAAACUGGAAGUUGAGAAUGGAAUUCUCCACCAGAAGUUAAUUUUCUCUCAGUCCAUAGAAGAAUUGUAUGUAGAGCUGCAUGAAUGUGUCAUUUUUAAUGAUGGCACAAAGUCCCCUGGAUGCAGCAGACCGGAAUAUAAAAAUUACUUGCACAACAUUAUCACCAACAAACUAGACUAUGAGCAGGUUGAGCUCAUUCUGAUGGAGCAUCUAAAUGCCCAAAAUGACCCCAAACAGCAGACCAAGUGUAGCGGCAGUAAAUCCCAGAGUUGUAGCUGUUCCCAGACCCUGGAUGUCAAACCCCCAAAAGGACCAGUGGUAGAGAAGAUAGAAAAGUUUACCCUGGCCUGGGACAGCGAGGAAUCCAAUCCGAACGAACCGGAUGUAUCCGACGGGAAAGAGGCGGAAACCAUACUUGUGGAACAGCUGCCAGACAGCGAGCUGCCUGAUACCACCCACCACAUAGGACGGCGCUACCACAUCGCCAUGCCAUCUGUAGAGGAGUGUCAGAGCAUGCCCAAAGUGGACUUCACCGAGUUCACCAGCACUUUCCUGUGUGUGUCGGCAAAAGGGAUAGACUUGAGGAAGCACAUUGACUUUGAGACGGUGAUCAAAAGGAACCUUGAGGAGCCUGUGUGUAUUACUGACUUUCACAGUGCGCUAGAGCUUGACAUGCUGCCGGGGGUCAGGAAUAAAAAGCACCUCCACUACCACCCUGAGACCGUUCUGAAGGAGGUGCUGCAGAAGCUGGGUGGGGGAGGAGACAAACAGCCAGUGGAGGUGAUCGGCACCAGGAUUGCCCAGGCUCUCAGGAAGAACAUGACAUCCUGGGUACUGGCGAGCACAGCUGCCCUCUAUUGGAGGGUAGAAGGGGAUGCCAGCCGUGCCAUCGACUGUCUACGGCUGGCACUGACUACAGCACCCCCAGAUGUGCAAGACACAGCCUUGAUCAGUGUUGCCAACAUUCUGCACAGGUCUGGAUACUUGAAUGAUGCCAUUGUAGCCACAAACAUGGCACUGGAUGUCCCAGUCAAGCUGGUAGUCAGCCACUUCACCAUGGCCAAUCUCUAUGCAGCAAAGGGUCAGUGGGAUAAAGCCACGAUGUUCUAUGAAUCAACCCUUGGUCUUCAGUCCUCAUUUACAGCAGCCAAGCAGAGGCUUAAAAAAAUUAAAUGUCGGUUUGUAAUGCAAAGACCAGAGAACCAAUCUGGAAAGAUUACGCGACCCUGAACCAGUUUAGGAUGGUCCAGUCACUCUAGUGAGCGCCACAGCUCUCGGUGAAGCAGUAUUUUUUUUAUAUCUACAAAGUCACUGUUACUCGUGUUGAUGAACAGGGUUUAUAUAUUACAUUGUACUCUUUGUUUCAACAGUCCCAAUUAUAAGUGCAUGUAGUUGAAAAGCCUUAGAUUGUAUUUUUGCAAAAGGGUACUAUGUAUAAAUGGCAAUAUAUUAUUUAUAUUUUUAAAGGUUGAAUUAUAUGUAUCUUUUGCUAAUACAUUGUAUUUGAAAAAUACCUUUUGCAGUACAUAUUGCCAAUUUGAAAGUAGAAGUGGUCUGCAUUGAUUAAAUUAAAAAAUUGUGUUAUUUUGCAACUUUUGUUUUUGAAACUUUUAAGGUGCUUGUUAUUUAUCAUUUCAGUUGCUAUAUUGUGAUUAAUGAAGUUAAACUUGCUGUGAUGUGUCUGAUCUCAUUAACUUACAAGUUGUAGAUUAAGUCAGUCUUUUUUACAUCAAGGUUAACAAGUCUGUUCAAGUCAAACCAUGAUUCAUAUGGAAGGACAGUCUAUGUAUUGAUGGGGGUCAUUAUGUACAUAUACCGGUAGUUUACACAAAUGUACGGUACUGUUCAGAUGUUCUGAUGAUUAACAAACCUUUAUGUAGUCUUUACAUAUACACACAUGGAAUGAAAAAUUGAUCCCUGUUCUUAAACUGUCUUCUUCUUACGUACAUUUUCAAUGUAUCUGUAAAAUUUUUGUGUCUUGGAAAUUAAGAUAAGGAUUACUUUAUUAUAAUUAAGUCAUGAUAUGGUAUUGAACAACCUUAUCUUGUUGACCUUCAUAAAUGAAGUCAAUUUUUGAAGAAAAAAAAGUGUGCUAUGUUAUUGUAAGCUUAUAGUGUUUAAAUUAUAAUUAAUUACAUAACUUAAUUUACAUAUACAUGUAACUAUACAUGCACAUAAAGAUAUCACAAUACGCAAAAUAUUCAUGUGCCAACUUUAAUUUCUUUUCGUUUGUCAUGCCUACCUAGGACUGAAAAUAUUUUAGGAAGAAGUUAACUGAGCGAUAUUUCAAUUAGUGCUUAUGUUAUUUCAUUAUUAUAUAAAUAGUGCCUGUUUGGGAGGGUAACAGUUGAAAUUGACACCCCAAGAAAACCAUUGUCAACCGACGCGAAGCGGAGGUUGACAAUGGUUUUCGAGGGGUGUCAAUUUCAACUGUUAUCCUCCCAAACAGGCACUAUUUAUUUUGUUAUACUGAAUGUCUUUUUUAAAAUUUUUAAGAAAAUUUUACUGCUUUUAUAUAGGAAUAACGUGAAUUCUACAGCGAACCGUACGCGCAUAAAUUUCGCGCAUGUAACAUUUUUUAAUGUUACCCGUUGCCAAGUGCGUUGCUAACGCUGAGGGUAAUAGUAAAUAUUAUUAACUGCGUCUUAACCAAUCAGAUUUCAGUAUUUAACAUGAAAGUAUAACAAUAUAAUAUGUGUCAUGGCAAGGGAAUUAUGGUUCAAUUAUCAGUAAUUAUAUGUAGCUACAAACCAGGGAUUAUUUCCACAGCAAUACAGGGGAUUAGGUCAUCACAGCUUUGUGAGGGAAUACAUCUAGCAACCCAGUAAUUUUAUAUAUCUCAUAAGGAAAAAUCUAUAAUUAUAUUACUAGUACCGGUAGUUAUGUAUUUACAGUAUGUUUUGAAUUUAAUGAUAUUUUAAUCAAAAAUUGAUUUCAAAAUAGGAGGGGGGGGGGGGGUACUCAUUCAUAAUUUGAAAAAGUUGACUUUACACAUGCAUGAGCAUAUAUAUUUUUCUCUCAGCCAACCAUGAAACUUUGGUAGUACGUUUCACAAGUUUUAGUCAUUAUUUUUGUAUAUGGACAUAUUUGAGAGCAUGUUCAACAAUCUAGACAAUCAGAUUGAAUUUUACUUCAGCGUCUUCUUUGAAUUGAAAUAUGCAUUGAAUACAGGUACCUAGAUAUUUACUAUACAGUAAUACAUGUAUAUGCAUUGUAUUUUAUUUACUGUAAAGUUUCCCUCCAUGCUGAAAACCCUGUUAUCAUUUUCACGUUAUUUAAUGUUUUAAGUUUAAUUACACGGAUAACUUUUAAUAGAAACAUUUGUCUGGUAACAAAUGAUGAACAUUCUACUCGGCAUUUUUAGUCUUGCAUUUCUGUAUAUAAAACAUCUUUAUGUAAAUAUAUAAAGAUAUAUUGCAACAGAUCAAAUGAUUUAAUUGCAUCCUUCAUAACUAUCUUUAUUAAUGUACUUAAUAGGUUGUUACAAUGCAUAUUGUAUAGACAGUACAGGUUUUUCUAGAAGUUAAAUUUUUAUACUUGCCCGUAUUUUUGAUAUGAAAUAUUAAGCAAUAUCUAUUGAGAAUUUUUGCUAAAUAUUCCUUUCAGUAUCUAAAGCUGAUCACAUUAGAUAGGUGUUCCGGAGGUUUGAAAAAGUUGACAUGAUUCAGAUCAGAGAUUUAUUAUGAGUCAUUCGGGAUAUGAAGGUAGCAACAUUGCAGAAAAAGUACAUAACCUGCGUUAGCUGCCUAUUUAAAUUUUUUCUGCAGUAAUCGCGACCUCCAUAACCCGCAUAAGUCACCAAAGAAAGCAUAUUACUGUUUAUAUUAACGUCUUUCUUUUAACUAAUUAAUAAAUUGAUUACGAAAAUAAGUAAGAUUCUCUAAAUUACUGUUAAUGUACAUAUUAAGUACGUCAGCUAAAAGAAACAGCCAAAUCUUUGAGUCUGACAUCAUCAUGAUUGUUUUGUGCAGUCCGUGAUAUUUCUUAUGUUGCUGUAGGUUUUGACCAUUCAAUAAAUAGGGCGUGUCAAUUUUAGUCCUGUCACUUUAUCGUCAGUUUCAGCCGCUGUAGAUUUUGACCAAUCGAUAAAUGGGGCAUGUAGAUUUCAGUCUGGCUGUUUCUAGCUAUGAAUUAACUGUAAGUUUUAUUAAGAAAUAGAGGGAAAAAUAAAUAAUAAUAAAAAUAUUGUGUUAUUUAUUUAUGUAUCAACUUCAUUUUAAUGUGUUUACAAAAUUAUAGUUAAUAAUUAGUUGUCAUUCAUUUUCACUCCAGUUUUCAGUCUUUUUAUACUUGUCACCAAUAUGUUGCCAUUUUUUUUUUCAUUAUAUAGUCAGUAUAGCAUAAUAUGCCAUAAACAUACAACUGUUUCCAAAACAGUUCCAGUCCAAUGUUCUCUGAUGAGCAUAAUUAAUGCUUAAUUUUUAAUGAUUAUGUUUCUCAGUCUGUAUUAUAAUUGUGUGGCCUGAACUGGUUUAUAUACAGAUAUAUGAUGAUUAUGAAUUUAAUUUUUUUUGUAACUCACUUGCAAAUAAAAGAAAAAAGAAUCUU